AUGUCAGAAGAGCCGACUGAGCGCACGUCGCUGCUUGGACGCUCCAGGUCCCAUGUCAAGAUAUCCGACGACGUGCCCGACUCGCCACGUACGCCGCGAACCUCGCGCAACGUCCAACUGCCGGCCGGCAGUAGCUUUCUCUCUACUACUGCGUCCACCAGGCACCACAGCCGGGCUGGGUCGUGGGGUACGCGCCUGAUCAAUGCCAUCUCCCAGCACCAAGACCCCAUGUCCGAGUCCAAGGCAUCCUUAUAUCAAGAUGACCGCGUCUGGUACGACCAAUUUACCUCCACCGACUGGGUACACGACAGCAUCGCGGAUGCCUACCGCGCCAAGGCUCUGCGGAGCCGCACCGACUUCUGGGGCCGCCUAUAUCUCGUCUUCGACGGUGCACAGGGCUGGAUUCUGUCCGCCUUGGUCGGCUUUGUUGUUGCCGUUAUAGCCUACGCCAUCAACGUCUCCGAACAGGUGCUCUUCGAUUGGAAGGAUGGCUACUGCCAGACGAGCUGGUCUAUGAGCGAGAAGAGAUGCUGCCCGCUGGGCGACUGCACCGACUGGGUGUCUUGGGCCGAAUACUUUGCUGACUGGCCUUUUGCUUCCAAGUGGAGGGAAUGGGUCGUCUAUGUUGUCUGGGUCAACCUGUUCGCAUUGUCUGCGUGUCUGCUCACCCUCACCACCAAGACCGUCGUCCCCUCCGCCUACAGGCUUUCCACACUGGACGAGAAUCUGGCUGCAGAGGCUGCAGUGUUGGCAGACAACGAGCCCGAGCCUGAGAACGGCGACGCUGCUUCACCCCGUCGCCAGGGCACUUCGCCUGCUCCCACGGCACCGCCCAUGAUCUACUACUCGGCUGCUGGCAGUGGAGUCGCCGAGGUCCGCGUCAUCCUGAGCGGUUUCGUGUUGCACGGCUUCUUGGGUGUCAAGACCCUCGUGAUCAAGUCCGUGGGCCUGAUCCUCAGCGUGGCAUCCGGCUUGAGUCUGGGCAAGGAAGGGCCCUACGUCCAUAUCGCGACUUGCGUUGGCAACAUCGCCUGCCGUCUCUUCGAAAAGUACGACAGAAACGACGGAAAGCGACGUGAAGUCCUUUCGGCAGCCGCGGCAGCAGGUGUUGCCGUUGCCUUUGGUGCCCCCUUGGGCGGCGUCCUGUUCGGGCUGGAAGAGGUAGCCUACUUCUUCCCCGCCAAAACCCUCUUCAGGACCUUUUUCUGCUGCAUAAUCGCCGCGCUGACCCUGAAAUUCCUCAAUCCGUACGGGACCCACAAGAUCGUCAUGUUCCAAGUUCACUACGCUGUUGAUUGGGAGUACUUUGAGCUCGUCUCCUUUGUCAUUGUUGGAGUCCUGGGCGGCGUCCUCGGCGCCUUGUUCAUCAAGGCCUCCAGGUACUGGGCUAGGACUUUCCGCAAGAUUUCCGUCAUCAAGAGGGUACCCGUCGUGGAGGUCAUUCUGGUGGCCCUGGUCACUGGACUGAUGGGGUACUGGAACGGGCUUACGAGGCUGCCGGUCGCGAAACUGCUGUACAAUCUUGCAGCUCCUUGCGAUCCAAAUGAUGAUAGCCUGGACGAGCUUGGCUUGUGUCCAGAUACGAGGGUGGAUAUCCCUCCCGUUCUACGAAACUUGCUGGUUGCUUUCCUCAUCAAGGGCUUUCUGACGGUCAUUACCUUCGGUAUUAAAGUCCCAGCCGGUAUAUAUGUGCCUUCCAUGGUGGUAGGCGGCUUGAUGGGCCGAUUGAUUGGACAUAUCGUUCAAUGGCUGGUCAUGACGUUCAACACAUGGCCUGUCUGGGAUCGAUGCUCGCGGAUAGGGGAUGCUACCUGCAUCCAGCCUGGUGUUUAUGCCCUGAUCGCGGCCGGCUCCACCAUGUGUGGUGUGACUCGGCUCUCUGUCACCUUGGCUGUCAUCUUGUUUGAACUCACUGGAAGCCUUGAUUAUGUGCUGCCAUUUUCCUUGGCCAUUCUUGUUGCAAAAUGGACAUCGGAUUUCAUCGAGCCACUGAGCAUUUAUGACCUUUUGACGGAGCUGAACUCGUAUCCUUUUCUCAACAACAAGCACAAACCGAUUUUCACGACCGAACUCGCAGACCUCGUGCCCAGGGUACGCCGCGAGAGGAUAAUCGACGUAACCAGUUCUCCCCUCGUUUCAGCCGCCAGCCUGAGAAGCAAGCUCGAACGUCUGCAUGCUGCUGGCGAGAUCGACGGUGGCCUGCCUAUCCUUAGGAACGGCGUGCUGGUCGGGUUGAUACCUGCACCAGACCUGGAAUUCGCACUGGAUCAGCUCGCGGACGAGGGUUCAGACUUGUGUCUCAUGGCUCAAGUGCCUUCCAUUGACGACUCAGACGAUGGUGGCCCUGAUCCCACUGACUUCACAAGAUACAUCGACCCGGCACCUGUGGCUCUGGAUAUCCACUCUCCGAUGGACCUUGUAUACGAGUGCUUCGUAAAACUGGGUCUGAGAUAUAUCUGCGUCCUCCGUGACGGGAAAUACGCGGGCAUGACACACAAGAAGACCUUCGUCAAGUACAUGAGAGAGCUGGAGGAGAAGCAUGGCCAUAUGUAA